AUGGCUAACACGAUGCAAGAUUCGGUGGAACUUCACGGAGACGAAGAAAUAAUUGAAGUUAUCGAGCUUAACGAGACCGAAAACCAUCCAGAUAACUUGGCAGACAAUUUGGAGGACAUUGACUUCAAAGAGGCAAGCGAUUCAAAUGACGAUUCAUAUGAGGUUGAAAUGGAAACGGGGUACGAGCGGGAUGAUAGCGAGCUAACCUUCUCCAAACACACCGGCUCUGUGUUCUGUGUGAGCUUGGAUCCAGUCACCAACAACUUGGCAGUGACGGGAGGAAAAGAUGAUAAGGCGUAUGUGUGGGCGGUGAGCGAUGGUGAAGUUGUCUUGGAGUGCACAGGUCACAAAGACUCCGUCACGUGUGCUGGGUUCAGCCACGACUCCUCGCUUGUGGCUUCAGGUGACAUGAGUGGCCUGAUUAAAGUCUGGAAAGUGGAGACGAAAGAAGAGAUCUGGUCUUUCGAAGUUGGUGAUCUGUGGUGGUUGGAAUGGCACCCAUUUGCUCCAGUGCUCCUGGCAGGAACAGAUGACGGUAACAUGUGGAUGUGGAAGAUCCCCAGUGGAGAUUGUAAAACCUUUCCGGGUUCCGGAUCCCGGGCCACCACUGGCAAAGUCUUUCCUGAUGGUAAACGCGCUGUUGUGGGUUAUGAAGAUGGAACUGUGCGCUUGUGGGACUUGAAGCAGGGCAACAGCAUACACGUCAUUAAAGGUCAGGAUGGACAUCAGGGGGCGCUGACAUGUCUUGCAUGCAGUAAAGACGGCGCUUUGGUACUAACGGGCUCGCUGGAUGGUUGUGCUAAGCUCAUCAAUACUGCUACAGGCAAGGUCGUGGGCAUGUUCUCUUUGAACGGGGGCAAAGCGGAAGAUUCUAAGGAUGAGGAGGACUCCAACGCAGUAGAAUCGGUGGGAUUCUGCAAUGUCCUCCCGCUCUUCGCUGUGGGUUACUUGGAUGGUACUUUGGCCAUCUAUGAUAUUUCCACGCAGGUCCUGCGACACAGCUGCAGGCAUGAGGGUGGCGUUGUCUGCCUGAAGUGGAACGAGUCUUCUUCGCUGGUGUCCACCUGCAGUUUAGACGGAGCGCUACGCCAAUGGGACGCUCGCACAGGCAACAUGGUGUCAGAGUUUCGCGGUCACACUUCGCAGAUCUUAGAUUUCACAAUGAACAGGGAAGCAACGGUAGCAGUCACUGCCUCCGAUGACAAACGAGCCAAAGUCUUCUUCCUCUAA